CCAAGACCUUUUUUCAUCUCAAUAUGUAUUUAUUAUCUUAUUUAUUUUAAUUACUACCCCGCUCCCAGUCACACCACCUGCCUGAGCACAGACCAACCUUUCAUUUCCCCCUUCCCCCCCCCAGCUUUCCAAACCCCUCAGCCUUCCACCGGCAUGCCAAGAGCUGGGUUUUUAUCUCCGCAUUUAUUUAUGUGUGUGGAUGUAAUUUAUUGUAAUCACCCGCCCCCCUCCCGGCCACACCACCCAGCCCGACACGGACGAGCCCUUUGGCCCGACACCGGAACGCCGAGAGCUUCAUUUGUUUGCUCAUUACUCAGCUGUAUUAAUUGCCCCCCGCCGCGCCGCCCGCCCCAAGGCGGACAGACCUCUCUUGCUCCCAGCUCCCCCUCCCCUGCUCAAUCCGCUCUCACAACCCCUCCGAGGAUGCUCCUCGGCUCCGUGCCUUCCACCUGCCGGGGCGGGCGGAGGGGCCGGGCUGCGGAUCGCCGGUUCCUCGCCUCCCUCUGCGGCCGCGCCCCCUCCGCGGUCCCUCCUCGGGGCGGAGCUGCGGCCGCAGCCGGAGGCGGGCGGGGGCCGGGGCUGUGCGGCGCCGGUGCCUCCUUCCCUGCCUCCCUCUUUCCUUCCCUUCGUGCCUGCCGCCGGCCGGGCCCACUCCUUUGUGCCGUGCGGAGAGACCGCGGGUUUUCACCAUAUUCUCCUCAGCCCCUGGGAUGGGCCUUUCCCAGCCUGACCUCAAGAUGCUGGUAUAGCAGCAGGCAGCUGUGAUCCAGAGGGCCUGUGGUGGGACAUCGUUUCCCGCUGGGACGUCCUUCACCUCCCCUCUCUCAGCAGAGACAAUGGAUGCCCACGUGGACCUCCUGACAGAGCUGCAGCUGCUGGAUAAGGUGCCCACUCUGGAGAGGCUGCGGGCAGCCCAGAAGCGGAGGGCUCAGCAGCUGAAGAAGUGGGCACAGUAUGAGAAGGAGAUGCAGCACAAGAAGCGGAAGCACGAGAAGAAGAGAAACACUGUGAGCAGAAAGAAAGUGUCCUUUGAAGCCAGCGUGGCUCUGCUGGAGGCUUCCCUGAGAAACGACUUGGAGGAAGUGUGUUACCUGCUGAAGAGCAACAUCAGCCCAGACCUGUGCAAUGAAGAUGGAUUAACUGCACUGCAUCAGUGCUGCAUAGACAACUAUGAAGAGAUAGUGAAGCUUCUCCUCAGCCACGGGGCCAAUGUCAAUGCAAAGGACAACGAGCUGUGGACUCCACUGCAUGCAGCAGCUACGUGUGGUCAUAUCAACCUGGUGAAGAUCCUCAUACAGCAUGGAGCAGACUUGCUGGCAGUGAAUGCAGAUGGCAACAUGCCAUAUGACCUCUGUGAAGAUGAGCCAACUCUGGAUGUCAUUGAGACCUGCAUGGCCUAUCAAGGAAUCACACAGGAAAGGAUCAACGAGAUGCGGGCUGCUCCAGAGCAGGUCAUGAUCUGUGACAUUCAUGACAUACUUGCAACUGGACAGGACCUGAACAGGACAGAUGCCCAAGGUGCUACGUUGCUGCAUAUAGCUGCAGCCAAUGGUUAUCUGCAUGCAGCUGAAGUACUGCUUGACCAAGGGGCAAGCCUGGAUGUGAAGGACUGGGACGGCUGGGAACCUCUUCACGCUGCUGCUUUCUGGGGACAGAUGCAGAUGGCUGAAUUGCUUGUGUCCCAUGGGGCUAGUUUGAGUGCCAGGACAUCUUUGGAUGAGAUGCCAAUAGAUCUGUGUGAAGAGGAAGAAUUCAAAGUCUUACUUCUGGAGUUGAAACACAAACACGACGUGAUCAUGAAGUCUCAGAUGAGGCAUAAAUCCUCCUUGAGUCGAAGGACCUCCAGCACUGGCAGCCGGGGGAAGGUGGUGAGGAGGGCCAGCCUUUCAGACCGGACCAACCUCUACAGGAAGGAGUGUGAGAAAGAAGCCAUCGUCUGGCAGCAACUGGGGGCCACAGAAGAAGGAAGAAAUUCAGCUCUCAUUGGAGAAAUGGGGGAGACUCGAACUGAUCAGGAGAAUACAGACCCUAAUUCAGUGCUGGAAAACUCUUCUCUCCUUCCGGAGUUAGCAAACAAAAGCACCCAGUGUGACUCUGAAAUCCCUCUCCAGAACGGACUCAUGGCUUCUGCCAGCCCUUACCAGUACACCUUCUCCAACGGAGACAUUUGGAGUGUGCACACUGACCUUGACAGUAACGCAGGCCACAUGCUGCCCUACGGCAACCCUGGGCUCCCUGACACACAGCAGCUCUGGGGACCCUACAAGGAACACAACCACCAAACGCUCUCUGAACUUAAGCGGCAGCGAGCUGCAGCCAAACUCCUCCAACACCCUUUCCUCAGCACCCACUUCAGCAGCAGCAUGGGAGGAGUUGCUGAGAAUGGGGGUGAGGCCAAGUCGCACCUAAUUGCAUCCAGGACUUCUCCCUACAGCUCCAAUGGGACCUCAGUGUAUUACACAGUGUCCAGUGGUGAUCCGCCCCUCUUGAAAUUCAAAGCUCCCAUGGAGGAAAUGGAGGAGAAGGUGCAUGGGUGCUGCAGAAUUUCCUAGUCUCAGCUGUUUCUCACCCCAGAGGAAACAAGGUGUGGGUGGGCUGGUUGGACCUAUCGCAGCAGCCAGGUUGUUUGCAUUCCAAAGGGAGAAUUUGGUUAUGGACAUCCUGACUGUGGUGGCCUCGUUCACCUUGAAUUGUACUUUACCCUGCCUGCUGCUUCCAUUGCAGGUGAAUGAGUAAUGCAGGUGGAGCAAGGCUCUUGGGAGAGGAAGGGAUGUGCAUCUGUAGCCACUGUAGUCUUGGUCCCUGGAGGAGGAGGUGUGGUGCAUUGCCUCCUUGUCCUUGGGAAGUUAAGAGAUGCCUCGGAACAAAGGAAGGAUCUGAAUUGAAGUUAUUGCAUCUGAGCCUCUUGCUGUAAGUCGCCAAGCUCCUGGAAGGUGACAGUUCCAACCUGAAUUUUCACUCUUGGGUGAUGUUCGUAUCCUGGAGGGAAGAUCAACCCCACAGUGAGGUUUGCAAGAGCAGACAGAGCUGUUGUCCCGACAGCUGGAUCCAGUACUUACAGACCCCGAGCAACACGCGAGCAGAGAUGUUGCACUUGCUUUAGGAAGCUUGGAAGGAGUCACCUCCUUGCAGUGACAGCUCAACAUCAAAAACUGUGCACUGGCUGGGUCCUGUUCUGCUCAGUAAGCUUGUCACUGCAGACUGCCAUCAGGUCUGAAGCAGAACUUCUCCUGCAACAGGCUUCACUCAACAGGCUUUAAAAGUGAUGUUGCAAUAAGGGGCCCUGGCAAUAGAAUUUUACUGCAAUAAAAUACUGACAAAGGUCUCUACUGGAAUAAGUAAUUAAAAGCAAAACAGAACAAACAACCACAACCACAAGUUAUUUGUACUAUUUAGACUCUUAAUUUGUUAAAACUGAAAAGACUUUUGCUGAUCUCACUUUCCUAUUGAUUCUCUUUGUUUACUCUGUACGCUCAACACAGAUACUAGGGGCAAUGUGCUUCGCAUUCUAAUUCUCUUCUGGAUUUCCAGAGCCACAGGGCUGGGGAGGGGUGAGAAGGAAAGGCUUGCCAACACUAACCUAGAAACACCAUGGAAGCAUGUCUGAUCUCCCCAGAUGCUACAAACACCUAUGUUCACCUGCAGUCUUUGGCUGAUAAAUAACUGCAAAAUCACUGCUGGGGUAGAUAAACACUGCGGUAAGGCAGGAGUUGUUUGUGUCUGCGUUCCAGCUCUCAUGCUGAAGUCAUCAGCAGUGGUUAGUAGCUGUCAGAAGAAAACACAAAUUGCCUCUAUGUAUGAGAGUUGCCUAGUGCCAUGCAGUAGCUGUCAAUGUCUCUGUAGGGCAGUUGGCACACUAACCCUCGGGUUGCAGUGUAGCUCACGUUAGCUCUGAUUAUCUGGGGAACAUUACUGUGGUAUAACCUGAGACUUUGGCUCUUCAGCAAGCUAAGGUUUUGUGCAGUGGGGGGGGGAGGUGAAAGGAGGGUGUCCCACCAGAGACAGCUCUGAGGAACUUGUCACAGUUAAAGAAGUAAAUAUCAACCUUUUCUCUGCACAGAGGGGCUAUUGCACACAUCUUUUUGCCUGCACAAAUAUGUGUCUUCUUGGGCAGUUUAGAUUCCAGACUCUGAAAGUGUAAGCCUUUCUGGAGCUCUGCAAGCCAUCUGUGGAUUAAAUCUAGCUCAUAAAGUUCUGUUUCAACCAAGCAACAGCAAAGGCAGCUUCCAUACAUCUUCCUUUAAGCUGGUGGCUGCUGGACAUUAAUAUUGCUCUUCACAUGUAUGCUGCCUUGUGGGGAUCCUCACAGCCGUCCCUUUUUUCUAGGCUAUAAAAAGCUGACUUAGGCUGCCAGUGACUGUUAAGUGCUACCUUCUGCUCCACAUCUAAUCCAGCCCAUCACAGGGGCUGGAUAUAUUAUGAUGCAGGGAAUUGGGCUCUUCAUUCUCAGCUCCUGGAGGCAGCAGAUGUGGCUGCUUGUUACUGCCACAACUACACACUGCAGGAAACACCUUUGAGCUUGUGAGGUUAGUACCAGGCCAUCUCUAAAGAUACAGUUCUCUUCCUUCACCAGUUUUAGGAACAAACAGAAAAUUGGAGCAGUUGAUCUGAUUUUCAGACCUCAGUUCAGUUAAAGGCAGGGAGCUUCUUCUAUGUUUUGAUGUACUCAGAAGUUUGGCUUUCUGCACGAUGCUAAUUGUAAGACUAGAAAAUACUUCUUGUGCUUGGCUUAACACUAAGGAACUUUAAAAGUCAUUCUCUAGUAGAAAGAAGAUAAUUUGGUGACUGGACAGAGUUUACUGCACCUGCCUGUUGUUACCAGUGUCUCUUCUGAUUACCUCAUGCUGGGAUAACAUCAAGCAUAGCCUGAGUAUCACUGAAGCAGAGGGAGAAGAUCUUUGAGAUGUCUCCGUUCUCCCGUGGUGCUGAGGGUUGUCUCUCCACAUUCAUCCUGCUGAGAAUUCUGGACUCAGUGUAACAAAUUCUGGUGCUGCUAUCCACUGGGUUGCAAGUGGUGCAAAAUUCAAGCCUAGCUGAUCCUUUUUUUUUUCACUAGGGAAGCAGGAAUCAGGCCCUUUUCCUUCUCAGAGCAAUGUUGUGCUGCUGAAUCCUACCUAACUCCAAGCAAAUAAAAAGGAGACCAUGGAACACAAUAGUCUUAAGUAGUUUGAGGCUUACUUUCACUGAGAGCUGUUACUACAUUAAAGCUACAGGAAGCCAGUCUACUUCAGACACACUGCUUUUAGUGCUCUCAUGUUUUAUUCUGGUUAUAUGUAAAACUCCAGAAACUCAGCACUCUUGAGCAAGCCAACAAUUGAUUUACUGUCAGGCAACAGAUAUUACAGGUUCUAGAUGGUGAAACAUCCCUCUGGUUGGACUUUGCAUGGUAACUGUACCAUUGGCUGUGAUGCAGCUCUUCUGGGUUUGGUACUGUGAGUGCUGUCUCACCAAAUGUCAUCAAUCCUUACCCAUAGGAGAGAGUCAGUCAACAGAAAAUCUUCCAGGUCAUGUUUCACAGGCAUGCAUUCAUAGACUGUCUCAAGCUGAAAGGGACCCAUAAGGAUCAUCAAGUCCAACUCCACGCUGAGUAUUUAUCUACCACUGGCUUUGAGUUGAAGCUGCUCAGAGAUGGGUUUGUGAGGGCAGCUGAAGGGUGACCUAGAGUGGAUUCAUGCUUACAUGUCAGUCACAUUUGGGAUACCAUGGUCACUGCCUGUGGGGCACUGGCUAACAUGCUCAAGGAAGGAGCUUGGCAGCUCAUGCUGCAUGCAGAGCUGUGGACUGUAGAUCUGGGAUGUGCAGUUCUGUAAAGCAGACAUUUAACCUGCAGCUGGUAAAUUAGUUUGUAGAGACAAACAGGCUUUU